AUGGGACCCCUGCCACUGCCACGCCAGGCGGGUUCAGGUUCAGGUUUGCGGCAAGCGCUGAGGGGAGCGGGGCGGCCGCCGCCCGCCCUCCGCAGGGGCCUGGCCAAGGCGGCGGGCCCGCGGAGCGUCCGCCAGCUGAGGGAGGCCGAGGAGGCCGCCCCGGUCUUCCAGUACGCGGGGAAGGCGGCCAAGCGGAAGGAUCGCGUCUUCGUCUGGGGCUUCUGCUACUCGGGCGCCCUGGGCGUCCCCAGCUUCGUGAAGCCGGACGUGGGCUGGAAGAAGCCGCGGCGGAUCCAGCCCACGCCCUACCGGCUGGAGACGGAGGAGAAGAUAUCCUCUGCUGCCUGCGGUUAUGGAUUCACACUGCUGUCCUCUAAUACCACGGACAUCACCAAAGUGUGGGGCAUGGGGCUGAACAAGGAUUCCCAGCUUGGAUUUCAGAGAAGCAUAAGAGAUCGAACUAAGGGCUAUGAAUAUGUCUUGGAACCAUCUCCAAUUCCAUUACCAUUGGAGAAGCCGCAGCAGACACGCGUCUUGCAGGUGUCCUGUGGGAGAGCGCAUUCCCUGAUCCUGACAGAUAAUGAGGGAGUUUUCACCAUGGGGAACAAUUCUUAUGGACAGUGUGGCCGGACGGUUGUUGAAGAUGAAACUUACAGUGAAAGCCACCUGAUUCAUCAGCUGAAGGAGUUUGACAGCAGAGUUGUCCAGGUUGUGUGUGGGCAGGACCACAGUCUGUUCAGAACCAAGAAAGGUGCGGUCUACGCGUGUGGAUGGGGAGCUGAUGGACAAACAGGUCUUGGACACUACAACAUCACCAGUGUUCCUACUAAGCUACAUGGUGACAUCGCUGGGGUAAACAUUAUCCAGGUCUCUUCCUAUGGGGACUGUUGUCUGGCUGUUUCAGAUGAAGGCGAUGUCUUUGGUUGGGGAAAUUCAGAGUACUUGCAGUUGGCCUCUGUCACAGAAACCACACAGGUGAAUGUUCCCAGACACUUGCCUUUCAAGAUUGGGAAGAUAAAGGAGGCUGCCUGUGGAGGGACUGGCAAUAUCGUGCUGACGGAAGAAGGAAAUGUUUUUGUCUGGGGAUAUGGAAUUCUUGGGAAAGGACCAAACCUAAUAGAGACAGCAAUGCCAGAGAUGAUCCCUCCCAGCCUUUUUGGCUGGUCAGACUUCAAUCCGGACAUCCGUGUUGCUCACAUUCGCUGUGGACUCAGCCAGUUUGCAGCACUUACAAACAGAGGAGAACUGUUUGUAUGGGGCAAGAAUCUAAGAGGGUGCCUAGGAACUGGAAGAAUGGAAGACCAGUAUUUCCCAUGGAGGGUGACCGUACCCGGUGAGGUGGUGGAUGUUGCGUGUGGAGUUGACCAUAUGGUCAGCAUGGUUAAGUCUUUCACCUAGUGAUACUGCUGGGCCUCAGCACUGUGCUAAGACGACGGGGGGACUUGGUGACGAGCUUCUUGGAAAGGAAGACUCAUUCCGUGCAACCAAGCAAGAAGUGACUGUGAGCAGAGACAGCCGUAGCAGUGCCUGGGUGUGUUGUCAUCUCUGCAUCAUUGAAACGCUCCGCCCUGGCUGCAGGAAAGAUGCACGUUCCCCGAGGAGUGCUCCGACUGGUUCGUGAUGAGCUCCCAAAGAGUCUGGGGCCCAGCCCACAGCUGGUGAGUCCCUCUGUGUGUAAGGAUGAAGAGCAUCUCCCUCAGGGAAAACUGGCACGAGGUGAAAUCUGUAGCACAGGACAUUAAUUUACGGAUGCUUUCCCUCUCACCAGCUCUGGGGUGUCAGUGUUGGGUUGAGCCAAGCUAUUUUUCCAGGGAAAGAGUUUUUUAAUAACUACUUUUUAUGUGGAAGAAAAGUCGUGCUGGCUGUUGGAAUCCAGCACAGCUGUCCUUGGAGUCCGCCACCAGCUGCAC